GGAAAACGCGUGGAUAAGCCGAAUCAGCUGAUCGCUCUACCGCAGUCGCGGUCCAGUCGUGCGUAUCAGAGUAUUCGACAAUAAUCUGUCUAACGGGAAGACAGGAAAGACGAAAGGAAAAAUAUCGGGUGGUAAAGCACGGAGGGAUCAUGCGAAUCCUCGUGGUGCGUAAUCGGACCGAGUGCCGCACGCCUCUCGUUACCACCGUUGAUCACGGUUAGUGUGUCAGAGAACAGGUGAGGGAGAGAACGCGCGCGCACACAAUACACACGCACAUCUUGGAAGUGAAAACGUCUCAUGGUGAUUGUCAGCACGUGCCAGGCCGCCACCGCGGCGGUCUUCAGAGCGGUGAUCCUCGGCGCGCCCGCGUCCGGCAAGGGCACCGUAUCCUCCAGGAUCGUCCAGCAGUUUGGCGUCACGCACAUUUCCAGCGGCGACAAAUUGCGUUACCACGUGUCCGUUGGCACUGAUUUAGGCAAGGAAGUGAAGAGGUACAUAGACAGCGGCAGCUUCGUGCCGGACGACACGAUGAUCUCGCUGAUCAGCAAGGAGAUCGAGUCGGUGAGAGAUCAGAACUGGCUUUUGGACGGAUUUCCAAGGACAUUAGCGCAAGCGGAACAAUUGCAGAAACUGCACCCGAUCAAUCUCGUGCUGAAUCUCGUGGUGCCGACCUCUGUCAUUCUGGAUCGCGUCACCAAGAGGUGGAUCCACUUGUCCAGCGGCAGAGUCUACAACAUUGGCUUCAACGAUCCACGAGUGCCGGGCAAGGACGACGUGACGGGCGAGGCACUGUGCCAGCGAGAGGACGACAAACCGGAGGUCGUACUAAAGCGGCUGAAGGACUACGCGACGAAGACCGAGUCGGUGUUGCGGUAUUAUCGCGAUAUCGGCGUGUUGAAGGAAUUUCACGGCAACACCACAGACGAGAUGUGGCCGGCGAUCAAGAGCUGUGUAGCACAAUAUUUCUAAAUUUUUAAUCAAUUUUUUUUUAUCGAAAUAAAGACAAAAGCGUGUAAAUAGA